AUGCGCGCAAUCACAGUCACCUCCUGGGGCGCGGCACCCGUCUUCACAGCCAACCACCCUGAACCGUCGUCGUCCGACGCGGACUUCGUGACAGUGAAGGUGGUCGCGGCGGGCCUGCACCAGCUCGUGCGGGCCCAGGCGGCGGGAACACACUACAGCACCAAGGGCGCGAAGCUGCCCUACAUUCCGGGCGCCGACGGCGUGGGCACCCUCCCGGACGGACAGAUGGUGUAUUUCAGCAGCACUCACAGUGGCGGCGCCUUCGCCGAGUACGUGCGCGUCCCGAGGAGCGUGGUGACGCCUCUGUCUAGUAUGCUCGACGGCGCGGAUGUGGACGUGGACCCGGUCAAGAUCGCCGGGCUGCUCAACCCGGGCAUGUCGUCGUGGAUGGCGCUGGCGGCGCGCGUCGACCGCGCCCAACUGCCGCCGGCGUUCCGCGUCGUCAUCGUCGGCGUCACGUCGCUGUCGGGGAAAAUCGCCGUCCAUUUCAUGCGCCAGCUGGGCGCGGGCAAGGUCGUGGGCGUGGCGCGCAAUGCGGCUGAGAUGGCCGCCCUCGACCUCGACCAGCGCAUCGUCCUCGCCGAAUCGGGCGCGGGGGCUGCCGACACAGACUUUUCGGCCCUCGGCGACGUCGAUGUCAUUCUCGACUACCUCUACGGCCCGCCGGCGCUGGCGCUGCUGACGGCGCUCGCGUCCAAAGUCCCCACCCAGUAUUGCCAGAUCGGCUCCCUCGCUGGAGCGGACGUGUCGCUUCCGGCCCAGCUGCUGCGGUCCAAGAACCUCACUUUGCGCGGGGCCGGGUUUGGCUCGUGGUCCAUGGCUCACUACGCCCAGGAGCUGCCGGCUUUGUUGACCGCCGUGGCGAAAUUGCCACCGCAGGAUAUCAAGGUGCGGAAACUCGAGGAGGUUGAUGCUGCGUGGGCCGCAAAGAGGGAGAGAACGGUCUUUGUCCCCUGA